AUGACAACAGCAAGUACAGUUUCGCCAGUUGCGCUUCAGGCUCAGACUAUCUUGGGCGUUCGGUCUAAACUUGAGUCGAGUCUAUUCUUUGCUGAUGAACACAACGUUGUUUAUCCAGCCGGCAAUCAUUACGUUCUUGCCAAUGUUGAAACUAAAAGUCAACGCAUAUUCCGCUGUCAUGAACUAGAACAUGUUGAUGCGAUGCUGGUUCACAGUGAUGCAGCUGUUGUAGCUGUUGUUGCAACAGCAAAGAACGGAGACAAGGAGUCCGCAAUGAUCUCUUUCUAUGACAUACAUUCGAAUGUGGGCAAAAAGAAACGAACGUUUGAAAUACGUGAUCGGCCGACAACGAUAACAUCCAUGGCUUUCUCACAUGAUGCCAAACAUUUGGCUAUACUUGAAAGUGGCAAUCGAGAGUAUACAUUAUCACUUUGGCUCUGGCAAAAAUCACGUCUAUUAGCAAGCAUUCGAUUGGGUCAAGUGGAAGGUGUAUCUGUCUUAUCUCAAAUUUUAUUUGAUCCAACAGAUAACAAUUACUUAUCAGUUAUUGGCAGACGUUAUUGUCGUUUUGUUCGACAUACGGAUGGAAAUCUACGAAUACAACCAUCGUCAGCAAAACUCGAUCAAUAUGAUUUUAUCUCACAUGCAUGGUAUGAUCCCAGUCAUUUGAUUGCCGGCACAAGUAACGGACAUGUGUGCGUCUUGUACAAUGGCGAUGUCCAGAUUGAAAUGGACAUUGUCGAAGGGCGCGAAGCAGCAUCGGCAGCACCAGCACGUACAGUAUCAACAGCUUCAUCGGCACCUAAAAGUGGCAGUCGGUCAGCCCUUAAUCAACAUCAGCAAGAACACCUUGACACAUCGCGCCCGUCGGGUGAAAAAGUAACCUCGAUCAAUGUUGUUAACAAAGGAUUCUUCUGCUUGGUGGGUGGAAAACGCUUAUGUCAUUAUUCGAAAAUUGCUGAUAGUUGGGAUUUUGCUAAGACUCGUGAAUAUGUGGUGCCUACUAAUGAUACAGGCACUGCUCGUUCAUUGGACGGCGAUUCAAAUCACCCACAAACCUCAAACGAUAAGCAGCAAAUCAGUGGAGAACAAGCAAUGUGGAAAGUUGCAGUUAGUCCAAAAGAAGAGCAUGUUCUUGUUCUAACAAGCAAACAACAAAUCUAUGCUGUAUCGGAUAUCACCAAGGAUCAACCAGCAGAAUCAGCAGAACCUUUUCUCUUAGAAUUAGUCUUCAAUUCAUAUCAUCAGCUGUCCAUACGUGGCGUAGAUAUUGCCAUACAUAAACCGUUAUUUGUUUCAUCAGGCGAAGAUCAUACUGUUCGUCUGUGGAACUAUGAUACGAACACAUUGGAACAAAUUCGUCUAUAUAGCGAGCCAGUAUAUGCGAUUUCUAUCCAUCCGAAUGCGCUCCAGAUCGUCGUCGCAUUCGCUUCUCGAGUUUGUCUGAUGAAUAUCUUAGUUGAUGGUUUUUCAACUGUCAAAGAAUUUGCUAUACGAGCUGCACACGAUAUUAAAUUUAGCAAUGGUGGUCAACUUUUCGCUGUAGUCGAUUCGGAUAUUAUUCAAAUCAUAUCUCCAUUGUAUUUGAAAGUGUUACAUCGGAUGAAUCAUGGGCAAUCUAUUAGAAAUAUUGGAUGGGAAAAGAACGGUCUGGGUUUAUAUUCUCAAUCUGCAAACUAUUUUGCUGCGUGGAAUCUCGAAACUCAAACGAAGAUCUUUGAAUUAAAACCAACAUAUCGUUUUGAUGGCGGAUUUGCAGUCGAUAGCGAUGAUAGAUUCGUUUACUUAGCAUGCGACGACGGAUCGAUACGAGAAUUUCAAAUCGGACAAACACAGGUCAAAAACGAACUAAAAUUACCCCAAGAUGAUAAACCUAGUGCCUUGGAAAUGUUCAAAAGUAGUAGAACAUUACUUUGCGGCACAUAUCGUGGUUCGAUCUAUGUCAUAAGAACUCCAUUAUCCAGCGCAUCGAAUGGUAUUUUCCAUUAUCUAGCACAUUCCGCUCGAGUUACACGUAUCGUGGUGGCUUUCAAUGAAUCCUUGAUUAUCAGUUGCUGUGAAGAUGGUAUUCUAAUGUUAUGGGGUACACAAUCCAAACGAUCGACUAAGAACGAAGAAUGGACACCAGAUGUGCUACAAAACAAAACAAGAUAUCUUAGUUUGCCGCAAAAAAUUCGCGAACUUCAAGCUGAGAUCGAAGAGCUGACAAACGAUCAUAAGUAUCGUUUAGAACAGAUGGAUGCGAUCCAUACGGGUGAAACUCAACGCUCUACGGAUAAGUAUGAAAACGAACGUCGACAUCGUCAGAAUCAAAUUGAAUUUCAAGUGAAUGAAAAAGAAAAAGCCAAACAAGAUUUCGAAGUGAAAUACGCUCUAAUGAAAGAGAAAUUCGAAAAUGAUCGACAAGCUAUUGAACAAGAAGAUCGAGAUCGCAUGGGUCGAGAAACCCAUAAAGAAGAAGAACUGAUUCAUUUAUCGCAAAAAAUGAUGGAGGAUAAUGAAUUUCGUCUGAAAGCAAUGAAAGAAGCAAGUGAAAACGAAUUACGUGAUAUAAAAGAAUACUACGUCGCAAAAACUAUCGAAACCGAAGCUGAUUUCGAAGAUUUAUUGAAAAAAAAUCGUGAAAAACUUCGAAAUUACGAAGAUCAAAAGUUUCAAAUCGAAGAAGAUAUCGAAUACGAACAAUUGAAACUCAAACUCGAAUAUGAAAAUGAAAAGAAACGUCUGUUGGAACAAAACGCACAAUUAAUGAAAAAUUUUCGUGAAACACUCGAAGUCCAGGUUCAAACUUUGAAAGCAAAACAAGAAGAACAAGUUGCCGCUGUUGAAUCUUACAAAAAAAAGAACACUGAACAUAAUAAUCGAAUCCAAGCGAUGACACAGGAGAAAGCAGCAUUACACAACGAAAUUACCGAACGGAACCAUACGAUUAGUGAUAAACUCGAACGCAUCAAUGAUCUUGGCUUGAAAAACCAAGAAUUAGAAAAAUUCAAAUAUGUACUCGAUUACAAAAUUUACGAAUUACAACGUUUAAUCGAACCACGUGACGCAGAAAUCCAACGUAUGGAUAGUCAAUUACUCAAGAUGGGUGGUGAACGAGAGAAAAAAGAAAAUGAUUUGAAUCGAAGUCGAUUUGAUAAUGUGAAAGAACGACGAAAAUUACAUGCAGUUGAUGCACAAGUCGAACGAGAACGUCGAAAGAGAAAAGAAUUCGAUUUCGCUAUGCGACGUAUUAAAAACGAUAUUCUCACUCAUUUUGCUGACCUUAGUGAUCCAAAACGAGUAAAGAAUGCUGUCAUUGAAUUAUAUCAAAAACACGUCGAAAACGAUACGUCGAAAAGCAUUUAUACGUCGUCCGAUCCAGUCGACGGGAUUUCCGACGAGGCAAUGGGUCAAGAUCGUCAGCGAAUGUUUCUCGAACGUACAACAUUGAAUUUGAAAACAAAAUUAACAAGUGAUUUGAACGCAACUAAAGCCAAUCGAAUGAGAAUUAUGAAUGAGAAUUCUCUUUUACUACAAGAAUUAAACAAUCUACGCGAAGAAUUGAAAAUCGUCAGAGGCAGACUUCAAGAUUAUGGUAUUGCCAGUGGAACAUUCGGAGAAAGAGGAGUGCACAGUACUGAAGCUCUUAUUCAAACAUUGAAUGCAGACGCAGGUAACUACGCGAUUCGACAACGUGAUAAUGAUUUAAUGAAAGAAAUACACAAUAAUCAGCAAGAAAUUCUUCGAUUACGCCAACGCCUUAGUCGCGCACAAGCAGGUUAUCAUCUAACCGACCAAGUAUCUAAUGACGAUGAAUCAGAAAGUGUUUCUAUUCUCCAAUCCAUGGCGGUCGAUGAUAAUCAACCGAUUGCAGCACAAUAUAUAUCCAUGGCACCCUCAUCCGCAUCUUCGUCAUCGGUAUCUCUAGUUGAGUCUCGAUAUCGUGCGCAAGUCGCGACAGAGAAUAGCUCGUCUUUCGUCCCAUUCUUCGCUCGGACACAUCAGACAAAUGUUUUCGUACCUGCACAUCGUCUACGAACAAAUAUGGCGACAACACCCGCAUGUUCAAUGAAUACCGAUCUUCAAUCGUUACAAAGUGAAUCCAAAUCAUCGAAUAUUCCUUCAUCCAAUUCUAGAAGCAAUGACGGUAAAUGUGUGCAGCCUCAACAAAGAGCUAAUCCAAUCUUAAGCAAUCCUUUAUUGAAUUAUCGACGCGAAACGCCCAAACCGAUUCGAGUGAAUAUUUCUACAGAUUCGUGUCAGACUGUCGAACUUCAUCCGAUGACAAAACCGUGCAAAACGCGAUCAAACAACGGCAAACAAAUGUCAACAGUAUCUCUAUUGACGCAACGUGCUCAACCGGUGUCCGAUGGGACGAUAAUCUCCGGAGAACUUCCAUCUAUUGAUAAAGUGAAAUUUGAUUAUAUCACACGGUGGAUACACGAAGUACAUGUUGCCACAUGUACUCCGAAUUGUUAUUCGAAAAUGAAAUUUUCACCAAAACGUUUGAUCCAAUCUUAA